ACAGCCGUGCACCACUAUGGCAGAACGCAAGUGGAAUACGGAGAAGGAAGAUGACUUGCCAGUUUAUCUUGCACGUCCGGGCACAGCUGACCAGGUGCCCCGACAAAAAUACGGGGGGUUGUUCUGCAACGUUGAAGGAGCGUACGACAGUAAAACCAUAGAUUUUGAUGCUCUAAGCGUCGGUCAGCGGGGCUCGCGAACCCCAAGAACUACUAAACGGGAGGCAACAAAUGAAGCAAGGAGUCCUACAUGUGACAAGAGCUCUCCCUGCGAAGAAAGUGUCACGAGACAGGAGACCAAGCACUCAGGCGUUGAAAUACGAACAACUGGUGGCAAAGAAGUUCUACAGAACCUAGGUGAUGAAAAGAGCGACAGGCUGCUGGUCAAAGGCGGGCGGAUCGUCAACGAUGACCAGUCCUUCUUUGCCGACAUCUACAUGGAGGAUGGCCUCAUUAAGCAGAUCGGAGACAACCUGAUCGUCCCCGGAGGAGUGAAGAUCGUCGAGGCCAACGGCAAGAUGGUGAUCCCCGGAGGGAUCGACAUCCACACCCACUUCCAGAUGCCCUACCGUGGGACCACCACCGUGGACGACUUCUACCAGGGCUCCAAGGCUGCCCUGGCCGGGGGCACCACCAUGAUCGUGGACCAUGUGAUCCCGGAGCCGGGCUGCAGCCUGAUGGAGGCGUUCGACCAGUGGAGGCAGUGGGCCGACGAGAAGGUCUGCUGUGACUACUCCCUCCACGUGGACAUCACCCAUUGGAGCGACAGCGUCAAGCAGGAGGUGGACACCCUGCUCAAGGAGAAAGGUGUGAACUCCUUCCAGGUCUACAUGGCUUACAAGGACUUCUACCAGAUGAGCAACAGUGAGCUGUAUGAGAUCUUCACCUUCCUGGGGGAGAUGGGCGGUAUCGUCCAGGUCCACGCCGAGAACGGAGAGAUCAUUGCUGAGGAGCAGGCCCGCAUGCUGCAGAUGGGCAUCACUGGACCAGAGGGCCAUGUUCUCAGCAGGCCAGAGGAGCUCGAGGCAGAAGCCGUGUUCCGUGCCAUCACAAUCGCCAGCCAGACCAACUGUCCCCUGUACGUGACCAGGGUGAUGAGCAAAAGCGCUGCUGAUAUCAUCUCCCAGGCCAGGAAAAAAGGUAACGUUGUGUUCGGGGAGCCAAUCACGGCCAGCCUUGGGACUGACGGGACACACUAUUGGAGCAAGAACUGGGCCAAGGCCGCCUCCUUUGUGACGUCCCCUCCUCUGAGCCCGGAUCCGACCACCCCAGACUACCUGAACACUCUGCUGGCCAGUGGUGACCUGAACGUGACCGGCAGUGCCCACUGCACCUUCAGCGUGGCCCAGAAGGCUAUUGGCAAGGAUGACUUCACCCAGAUCCCAGAGGGGGUGAACGGCGUGGAGGAGCGCAUGUCCCUCAUCUGGGACAAGGCUGUGACCUCCGGCAAGAUGGACGAGAACAUGUUUGUGGCCGUGACCAGCACCAACGCUGCCAAGAUCCUCAACCUGUACCCUCGGAAGGGCCGGAUAGCCGUGGGCUCCGACAGUGACCUGGUCAUCUGGGACACCGACGCCAUCAGGACCAUCACGGCUAAGACGCACAACUCGGCUGCUGAGUACAACGUGUUUGAGGGAAUGGAGCUGCGCGGCGCCCCGCUGGUGGUCAUCUGCCAGGGGAAGAUCGUCCUGGAGGACGGGACCCUCCACGCCACCUCCGGGGUGGGCCGCUUCAUCCCCUGCACCCCCUUCCCCGACUUCACCUACAAGCGUGUCAAGGCCAGGAAGCAGCUGGCAGUCUUGCGGGCAGUGCCCAGGGGCAUGUACGACGGGCCCGUGUCUGAGUUCUCGCCCAUGUCUCGCGGUGGAACCCCCUCUGCCUCCGCCCGCACCUCCCCGACCAAACAGCCCGUGAGGAACCUCCACCACUCUGGCUUUAGCUUAGCGGGUGCACAACGCGGCCCCCCCAUACCAGACGACAUUCCCAUCAGGCCAGCGGGACGCCGCAUCGUAGUGCCCCCUGGUGGCCGCUCCAACAUCACGUCCCUCAGCUAAAGCGCUGCGGAGGGGGAAGAGCUCCAGACCACGACGACAGCCACUGGGAGAGAGGAGGAGGAGACAUGAUUAGUUAAAAAGUUAAAACGUUUGAGCAAAACACUGAAUCCUCAUGCCUUACCUGUCACAAUGCUACCUUGUUUUGAUUUCUAGCAGCGCAGUAUUUCUCCACUUAGGGAGGGUCAAGGUCACGACAGAAUAACUCCCACGACAUGCCCUGGAAUUUCAUGGGCAAGCACAUACUAUAUCCGUCCCCAAGUACAGUAUUAUAAACAGAAUGUCCUGUUGGUAAAUCCACGUUACAUUUAUACUAUGAGACACAUCACUUGUUUUGGCACAAAAAUCACUCCUCGAAAAUAAAAAUAUGAUAGCCACCUCAUUCAAAGUACCUCCUCUAAGGGAAAAGUAAUACUGCUCAUCUAAGAAAAAUGCUUUGGUUCUUUCAUCAUGUCUGGCUUUCAAUGUCACCCUUAUGAAUACUAGUCUGCAAAAAAAGUAAUAGUUUGCUUAGCAAUGUAAUAACAUGCAGUACCAUCCAUUACAUGUAGGUGGCAUUGUGAGUAUGGUAGAUGUAACGUAGCUUUGUGAAUGAUGUUGUUGCCUGCCUGGCCUCCAGUUAGUCCAGGAGAAACUGAUAGCGUAAUUGAUCUAAAAAAAAAAAGAAGAAAUAAAUGAAAACACAAAAAAACACACAUCUGGUUAACAGAUUUUGCAAGAGAAAAUGUUGAUAGAAAUGGUUGUCAUGUUUUUGUUUUUGAAUUCCUGCUCUCCAUCUUGGCUGUUGUGAGAAACCGUCCCUUGUUUUUGCUUUAAGCUUUAAGCCUGCUCCCGUCAUUCCUUUUAGCGAACCAUCUAUGGGGAAAGGAAGAGUUGUCAAAUUCUUUCACAAGAUAUAAAACCAAGCUCGGCUUUCAUGACCUGGACCAUGAAACGAACAGCAUGAGCUUUGUGAACAGGAACACAUGACAAAAAAACGGAACAAAAAAAAGAAACAAAUAUCGAGUAACUCUACCUGCUUUGAAAUAACUGUUCUUCACCUCUGGUUUAAGAUUUUUACCCCCCCCCCCCCCCCCUCUCUCUCUUAACAAUGUUGGCUUUCGCAUGAGGCGCAAAGAAAGACCAUAGCGUGCUAUCGAAGCGGGUGCUAGUACAUUGGUGUACCGAGUCAUUGUCACUUCUCCUCAUAGAGCGUUCCCUCAUUGCUGUAACACCUGACCUAACUCCCCUUGGGUUGACCACUCAAUGUCACGGUGAAGUCAGACUCCUGUUCCAUGCCUCUGGUCUGGGCUUUUCUCUCAGACGAGGCCGAGGGCAGGAGGACGUGUCCCGGAGGAAGGCCAAGCUUGUUUUUUUUUCUGCCGUCCUAAACAGCUGGGGAAGAGGGAGUGGCUGGGAGGCGGUUUUACUGCGUGAUAAUGUGGAAUCGGAUCAAUCCAAGUGGUUUUUAUUAUAUUUAUGUUGGUUUGACUGUCUUUGUUAUUGUUUUUAUGUCCUUUUUUACUGUUGUACCUACACCCAGAGAAGGCAGGUCAAAAACAUGGUGUCGUGGAGGGAUGAAUUGUUUCCUGAAUAAACAUGAGUUGCAACUAA